CCACGGAGCCACACAGCCAUCGGCCCGCACCCCGCCAGCACACGCCUCCCUCGCUCCUCACUCGCUCCAGCUGCACCUCGCCUCCGUGCUUCGCCUCUCCACUCUCUCGUCGCAGCAGAACAGCAGCGGCACCAUGGGCAUCAAAGUGGUGGUGAUGGUUCUGGCUCUCACUCUUCUCCUGAGCGUUGUCAUGGCACAACCUCUGCUCAACGAAGGUCAGGAAGGCGACAGCGGCCAACCAGACGUCGACUACACAACCGACCUUUUGGAAAGACUCCUCUCAAGGACUCAGAAGCAAGACGACUUGGCUGACCCAGUCCCCGUUAAGAGAUGGCGUUCCUGCAUCCGGCGCAUGGGGGCUUGCGACCACCGCCCCAACGACUGCUGCUACAACUCCUCCUGCCGCUGCAACCUCUGGGGGACCAACUGCAGGUGCCAGCGCAUGGGCCUCUUCCAGCAGUGGGGCAAAUAAGACGUGGGAGAGAAAAGCAAGAAAAUCCUGAGUUGCCGGACGAAAGGUGGCGACGCGUGGGACUCCGUGGCUCCACCUCAACCAUCCCCUCUCUACCCUGUACCUUGCCUCCCUGCUCCUUCCUUCUCCUCCUACUUCUCCCUUACUUAACGGCCUUUCUCCCUGGCCUGACGUCUUCCGCUUCGCUUUGCCAGGUCCUUCCAUCGCUGUCGGUUUCCUCCCUUGAGUAGGUGUUGUCCCUCUCCUGUUCCGAAAGGACGAAGACUAAAGAAAUGCAUACGAUAUAUCAAGUUUUCUCUUUCUGUGUUAAAUGUUAAACAUAUCCCAGAUGUAUAUAGUACAUAUAGUACUGAAGAAUAUCAUAUUUACAGAUUAUAGAUAUAUUAUAAAUAAAGGUGUACAAUUUACAUUGAAGAAAUCUUUUUCAUACUUGUAGUGUACAAACAUACACUUAAUGCAAAAGAACUUUUCAAAGAAUGUACAAUGUACAUUGAAUUACCAAAUACUAACAUGUAUGAUUUGAAUUACUCAACAAUGAAACAAACAAACAACAUCAUAAAGAAAAAAUUCUGGGAUCUUACACCCUCCCAUUAUCAUUUAAAUUCAACAUCAUUAUCAUUAUUCUUUGUUUCUAUUUGGCUAAUGAUCCGAAUUUCAUUUUAACCAAUAUUACCUUAAUUGUCUCACCUGUAGAGAGCUAGCAAUUAGACCUUGCUUCCAAUCUACACCUUUCUCUCCUCCAAACCUCCCCCCCCCUCCCAUCUCCCUGACCCUAUAGAUCUACAAAAGAAAAUAAAUUGAAAAAAAGAGAGAGAAAGAUUUUAAAAAAUACUUAAGUCACCCCACCUUCCGUUUUCUGUAACGGGGCUGGUCGAGGUUGGCCUAGCGUCUCAAACACCGACUUUCGUUGGGUAUCGUAUUUUAUGAUAGCCACUAAAUAUGUUAACCUUGCAUGUUCUUGGUUGUAUAUCGGAUAUAUGAGCUGUUUUCCGGUGUGGGUAUUCGUCCCUGGCCAGUCCCCUCCUCCAGCCACUUAAAUUAGCCGGUCACAAUACCCAUACCCCAAAGCCAGGCACUAAUUGGGUAUACUCCAGCCACAUACCCUAAUUAGGUCCUGGCUUGACAUAGCUAUCUGUAUCUUUUGAAAGUGAACAGAGUUUUAAAAGAGAGUAAUUAUCGAGUCAUAUGCUAUAUAUAAUAAAGUGUCUAUGUGUAUGAA